CGCCACCACAUGAGCCCCCACCGUGACAGGCUGCAGGUCCAGCAGCAACACUGCACAGUCACAGUCACUGUCCUCUCCUCCACUCCACUCCUCUUCUCUCCUCGCAGCCUCGCAGUGUGGAGGAGGAGUAGAGCUUCACGUGAAGCGAAAUCCCCCCUCGCUUUGCUUGCUUCCUUCCCUCGCUGGCUGGCUACUGGCUACUGGCUUCUCUCCAGUAAAUCUGAGCAGAGCUGCAUUUAAUGCCCCCCUCCUCCUUUGGUCUCUCCUCUUCUCUUCUUCCUUCCCUUUUUUUUUUCUCUUCCCCUCCUCUCGUAGCCCACGACGGAUGCGGUUGCGGGUAGCAGGGGAUGGAGGGCAGAUGAAACCCGCGAGUUCUUGAUUCUUGGGAGAAUCACCCCGUGCUCCUCCUCGCAUUGAUCGCGAGAAAAGUUGUUCUUUUCUUGGUUUCUUCGUUCUGUUUGGGAUUGUGGGGGUUUGGUUCUUGGCGACGCGUCGCCAUGAGGCGGCAUGGGUGGCAGCUUCCCUAUCACCCUCUCCAGGUGGUGGCCGUGUCCGUGUUCUUGGCGCUGGCGUUCGCGUUCUACGUGUUCUUCGCCCCGUUCGUCGGGAAGAAGGUGUUCCAGGACGUGGCCGUGGGGCUCUACACGCCUCUGGUUUCAUUUGUCUUCUUCAUGUACAUCUGGUGUGCUGCAACAGACCCAGCUGACCCAGGUGUCUUGAAAUCAAAGAAGUACCUAAGAUUGUAUGGAAGCGGCAAACACAAGCAUCCGAAGGAAUUCAGACAUGGCAUUUCAGAUUCAGGGUUGCAAGUAGAGGGAACUGGAGAAAAGCAAGAACAUGAGUUUGCAGCUGCUAGUGAAAAGUCAACAACUCGCUACAAAGACAAUAACCCAUCUUGCUGCAGUUCAACUUCCUCUGUUUUUCUCAUUAUUUUCUACCCUCUCUAUCUUGUUUUUUCCUGCUGCCAACCACGGGAAUGGUCUGAGCAGCAAGCCAGUGAGGAAGGAAUGUUUUUCUGCAGCCUCUGUGAAGUUGAGGUAUUGAAGUACAGUAAGCACUGCAGAGUUUGUGACAAAUGUGUUGAUGGUUUUGAUCAUCACUGCAGGUGGCUCAACAAUUGCAUUGGAAAAAGAAACUAUAUGAGGUUUUUUAUUCUGAUGACUUCUUCCCUAUUCUUGCUUAUCCUACAAUCAGCAGUUGGAGUAUUGGUGCUAGUGUUCUGCUUUGUUGAGCGAAAGGAAUUCUCCAUUCAAAUUGUGUCAAAGCUUGGAAGCAGCUUCUCUGUGGUGCCUUAUGUUAUUGUGGUGGCAUCUUGUACCAUUCUAGCCAUAGUUGCUUUGCUGCCAAUUGCGCAACUUCUCUUUUUUCACAUUCUUCUAAUCAAGAAGGGAAUUAGUACAUAUGACUACAUCAUCGCCAUAAGAGAGCAAGAACAAGAAGAGGUUGGUGGGCAGCAGAGUCCACAGAUGUCUCGUGUAAGCUCCUACACUGGACUUAGCAGUACAAGUUCCUUUGGUGGACGACGUCGUGGUUCAUGGUGUACUCCUCCAAGAUUAUUUCUUGAAGAUCAGUUCGAUGUUAUUCCGUCAGAGGCUGGUUCAUCGCAUAAUUCUACUUCCAAGAGGAAAGAAGAUGAAGUAAGGAGGAAGAAGGGUUCAGGUGGUAUAAAAAUUAGCCCAUGGGCACUCGCUCGUCUUAACGCGGAGGAAGUUUCAAGAGUUGCUGCAGAGGCACGAAAGAAGUCCAAAGUUCUACUGCCCAUCAGAAAAGAUGAGUAUGCAGUUGGCCAUGAAACGGACAGUAGCUAUGGAGGCACAAGCAGCAGUAGGAUUGAUCUAGGCCCUGAUAACAAGAGGAGAACAAGCAGAAGAGCAAGACCUCACAAUGAUUUCUCUCUUAAACCUGUUGCCAAGAUUUCCGCAGAUGCUCUUGAUAGUCAUGGCAGUGAGUUGGUUCCUGAAACAUUAUCCAGUUUAGCACCAUUGCAGCUUGAGGCGCGAAGCGCUUUUCAUCCAAGUAGAGCUGCAUCCUCUGCUAAUGGUGGUGGUUCAUCACCAGACAGCAGCUUGGACUCCCCUGAUCUUCAUCUGUACCGAGUCUCGGCUGUCUCCUCAUCUGCAGCUGAAGACCUGCAGCUGACAACUCUUACAGCCCCAGGAAGCACUCCACAGCAAGGGAUUGAGCUGUCAAGAUCCACCAGCGACGGGUAUGAAGCAUCAGGAGGCGAAGACAGUGAUCGCAUCCCAUCGCGGAUAGUUCAUCGAUCUUCGAACUGGGCAAGCAUCAUCCUCAGUUCUGAUCAAAGUGUGGCUUCAUCUGGCAUCCUCGUGCCGAAGAACAGGUUGUCUUGACUCCAAAUCAAUUCCAUCCUCAGCUUCUUUCAGAUGAAUGAAAAAUUGUAAAUGGUCCGUGUAGAUUGUCUCGUUUUCCAUCGGUUUCUGGUCCUCCAUAGUUUCAAAUCUUGUCUCAGAGAUGGUUGGAUGCUGCGUGAAUUCUGAAUUGGUUGGAUGUUUUUGGUGAACUCUGAAUUGUUAGGUAGGGAAAGAGAGUUGAUUCAUUCGUGGUGCAUCCAAAAUGGUUGUAAUUUUGCUCUCAGAUGACAAUGGAAUCAAUCAGAGGUUGAUAUAUCUUCAGCCUCCUGGGUUAAUGCCUACUUGCCUUUGGUAGUUGUCA